GAAUUGGAGAAAACACGCUUCUUCUCCCUCUUUCCUCACCGUUCCGACGAUCAAAAGAACAUCUCGAAAGAUCAUGAAUCCAGAUGCCGAUCAUCCUCAGCUCCCCAACAUCAAGAUCCAUCACCCUCCUUCCCCUCGUCACUCUCACCACCACCACCACUCCUCUUCCACUCCCUCCUCCGCCGCAACCCCAACCCCCACCGCCGGAGCUCGCCAUACCCUGACGAUCGUGACGGACCUGUGCCUGUUGUUACCGUCAAGACUGGUGUGGAUGAUGAUGGAGACGCUGAUGAGGCUACUAAGCCCGUUGCUCAUCAUGACCACAUCAAAGAUGAGUAACGCUUCUAAGGAUCUGGUCAGGUUCGCACUCUCUACAGAAUCCAGGUACACAAGUCGAGUAGAAGUUUUAGCGGAAUGGUCAGAGGAGUGUUUGUGUGUUCUAUCUAUCUUUAGCUGUCACGAUGUUGAUGAAUUUGUCAGGUUACUGUUAAAAUCAUCAAAUAAAGAUUGG